AUGGCCAACCAAAGCGAGAUGCGCGAUCGCAUGUCCUCCGUGGAAGGCCAACUCCAACAGUUAGCUGCCUCUAUGGAGCUUAUAACAGCUCAACUUCAAUCCCUCCAAGUGAAUCUGGCUCCUGCACCUGCUCUCCCUGAGAUAGUCGUCCCGAAGCUGGCAAACAAGGCCCUAAUAGGUGAGGAUGACAUGCUAGGGCUCGAAGAUGAUCCAUUCCAGAUCAAUGUGGAAAAUGCUAAGCUUGUCAACAUCCCUAAGACGGAGCAGGAUGAACGCUUUGCGAAAUUGGAAGAAAAGUUGAAACAAUUUCAAGAGUCACAAAGUUCACUCCCGUUUGACUUAUCAGGAGUUGUCACUUCAUCUUCGAGUUUGGCGAACAAAACAAUCAGCAUCUCAUUCGGGGCUUGGAUUCUCUCAAGACGGAUCUCCCAAAGUCUUGCUCAACCGGACUCAAUCGUCCAGAUCCUUUUCAAGGCGAAAUCCGACUACAUGAUGGAGCCUAUUUCGCAAAGCGCUUUGCAAGCCUCCUCCUGUCCUCCGGACGCCGCCGCCGCUCAUGGGCUGCAAGCACUUGCUGCUGAGAGCCAGGCUCUUGCUCCGCCGCCCGUCCCUUCACCGUCGUCAUCAUCAUCUUCUUCUUAUUCUUCUGCAUCCUCGUCUCGGGUUCGCUUUCGCGGGGCGUAUGGGCUCCACUUCUCUUGCGCCCGUUCGAGGGCCGGUUCCCGGAUGAACCCUUCUUGCCUCAAAGCCAAUGGGGUCCCGCACAGGCCUCACUCGAGCAUUCCCAGACCAGUUCAACUGGAGGGGCCAGUAGGGAGAGGGAUAGAGACUCCAUUGAAGGUUUUGAAAAUGAGACUGGAGGAACUUGGUAUCGAUAUGCAAACAUGUCUCCCGGGCCAGUACCAUAGCCUGCUUUGUCCCAGUAAGUACUUUCUGCUUCAGAGACUUCUUUUACUUCCUGUCUUUGUCUCUGGGUUCUGCAGUGUGGACAUGUUUCAGGGAUCAUGUGGAUGGAAAGGCACACGAUUGGUUGCCUACUUUGCAGAGCGUCUAAUCUCUGCUGAGACAUUGUUGAGGAGAAAUGCAGUCAUGCAGAAAAAGUGCGAGAAUCAGAUUCUUGUAAUGCAUGACUCUAUUAAUAAUGAUCCUGCGUUUGACAUUUACACUAAUUUUCAGAAGGCUGAACUUAAUAAUUGUUAUUGCAUUUUACUUAUCGGCGUGAAGGAAAGCUUGUCAGUGCAAGUAUCGGGACGUGAAGAAAAAUUUUGGCAGGAAGCUCAUACAGAGAAAAUCUUUUACGGGCUGGAUGAUAUCAAAGGAAAAAGCGAGAUCAUCAUUGUGGAAGGCGAGAUGGACAAGCUUGCAAUGGAAGAAGCUGGCUUCCGCAACUGUGUGUCCGUUCCUGAUGGUGCGCCUCCAUCAACUUCUGAUAAAGAUUUGCCACCUGAAGGGCAGGACAUUAAGUAUCAAUACUUGUGGAACUGCAAAGACUACCUUAAGGAGGCAUCACGUAUUAUUCUUGCCACUGAUGGGGAUAAACCUGGUCAAGCGUUGGCUGAAGAGCUUGCACGCCGCCUCGGAAGAGAAAGAUGUUGGCGAGUUAAAUGGCCUAAGAAGAACGAUAGUGAAUACUUCAAAGAUGCAAAUGAGGUGCUCAUGUACGUGGGACCAGGUGUCCUCCGGGAAGUAAUUGAUGAUGCAGAGUUGUACCCUAUACGUGGACUGUUCACCUUUAAAGACUUUUUUGAUGAAAUAAAUGGUUAUUAUCAUCGGACUUUAGGUUAUGAGUUUGGUGUUUCGACAGGGUGGAAGUCCUUGAAUCACUUGUACAAUGUUGUACCUGGAGAGUUGACUAUUGUAACUGGGGUCCCUAAUUCUGGUAAGAGUGAAUGGAUUGAUGCUCUUUUAUGCAAUAUAAAUGAGAGUGUUGGCUGGAAAUUUGCACUUUGUUCAAUGGAAAACAGGGUUCGUGAGCAUGCGAGGAAACUUUUAGAGAAACACAUCAAAAAGCCAUUUUUUGAUUCAAAAUACGGAGAACCUGCUGAACGAAUGGGCGUUGAAGACUUCGAGCGAGGGAAGCGAUGGUUGAGUGAUACGUUUUAUCUCAUAAGGUGUGAGGAUGACUCACUUCCAAGUAUAAAGUGGGUUCUUGAUCUUGCCAAGUCUGCGGUGCUAAGACAUGGGGUGCGGGGACUGGUAAUUGAUCCUUACAACGAGCUUGACCACCAGCGUCCUUCUGGCCAGACUGAAACAGAGUAUGUGAGUCAGAUGCUUACAUUGAUCAGGCGUUUUGCUCAGCAUCAUUCUUGCCAUGUGUGGUUCGUAGCGCAUCCUAGACAGUUGCACAACUGGGUUGGUGAGCCGCCUAACCUCUACGAUAUAAGUGGGAGUGCGCAUUUUAUAAACAAAUGUGAUAAUGGGAUAGUCAUACAUCGAAAUCGGGAUCCAGAGGCUGGACCUGUUGAUCAAGUACAGGUUUGUGUACGGAAAGUGAGGAACAAGGUUGCGGGGACCAUUGGUGAUGCCUUUUUAAAUUACAACAGGGUAACCGGUGAAUUCAUCGAUCUCGACGCCGCACCAAAGAAAAAAUAGGAUGAUGGUAUUCUUUCGCUCGCGCUUGUACAGUUUGCGAGUCCAACAGCAAUCCGACUCUUGUAAUUUUGUAGUUUCCCUAUUCUUCUCUCCUCUGUUCUCACUGACUUGGUUCCUCUAGGCGUUUUCUUUCUUUCUUAAAUCUCUGAGGGGUUGAAAUUGUGAAGUGGCGGGCAUUGAUUCUUGUUGUGUUUUUCGAAGGUUAGCUCUUGCGGUUCCCUUUCAAUGAAUGUCCAACGCAUAUAGUAAUCAUCAAUGUGAAUCUUUCUGUCA